GCACAAGAAAUGAAAAUGCAUAAAUAGAUUGCGAAGACCAUAAAUGAAUAUCUGAACUUAAAUGAAACUACAUAAUAGAUUUCUCUCCAAUCCGCGAAUGAGAGAAAAAAAAAACCAUGAGAGAGAGAGGUAGAGAGAGAAACAAGGAUUCAAGCUACAGGCACCAUGCAAGAUUGGGACGAUCAGCACUGAGCAGAGAGUAUACAAGAUCACAAGGGAGAAGCAGACAAAGGAGGUCAGUGAAUACAGGGUACAAGAGGGUUAGUAGAAGCAAGAAGUUCAACCAUGAAUGGGGAUAUGACAGGUUGAUAUCAAUCUAUAGUCCACAAAGAAGAAGUCAAUCUAGAAGGAGGUUUGGUUUCCUCAAGUACCUUGAGAUUGUAGCCAAGAAGAAAAGAUUACACUCAAACCCGUCUAUUGUAGUAGAAGGGAAAUCCUAUGCAGAUGCUGUUAAAGGCCAGGAGGAAAUGAAAUAUGGUAAAACAGGGUCUCAACUAAAGCAGAUAAGGCCAGAGACGAUGAAUGGAAAAAAGGGAAGCAUCCCCAAAAAUAGUAAAAUAGAGCAGAGGAAGAUAUGGAGAGUAAAAAACAGAGGGACAGAAUGGAGAGGAUUGGAAUACAAUGUGAAGGAAGAAGAUUAUGAGUGGCUUCAAGGCUGCUAUGUUGGUAUUGCCUGUUCAGUUGAGAUGGUACCCAACAUCCAAGAGAAAUUUUAUAUAGAAGGGUAUUUCUCAUGCCGGCUAAGGGCGAUGGGAGGCAAGAUGGUUCUCAUGGAUUGCGAGGACAAAGAAGAACUAAAGGAUUUAGUGCAGGGAGCUGCAGAUUGGCUGGGACAAUGGUUCUCUGAAGUUAAACCCUGGUCACCUCUUAUGGUGGCAAAAGAACAGUUCGUUUGGAUUAGAUGUCAAGGAACCCCUCUGCAAGCUUGGGGUCCUGCGUUCUUUGAGUCAAUGGCAGCUCCAUGGGGCAAAUUCAUAUGCCUAGAUGAUAGUACAAGUCAGAAAAGGAGAUUUGAUAUAGCGAGAUUCCUUAUAUCAACCCAGAUAAUGGACCUCAUCUCAGUCAAAAGGCAGAUUAAAGUGAAUGGGGAGGUGUUCUGUAUAAAGUUCACUGAAGAAGAGAUGACUAACAGUUUGUUUUCUCUGAGAUAUGAUUUCCUUCCCAGCUUUAAAAGUGAGUCAGAGCAUGAAGAGUACUGGUUGGAGGCCAGUGAUUAUGACGAUGAAUGGCAAGACGAUGAAUGGGGAACUAACAGGGAGAGGGUCGGGGAAAAAGAAAAUGCCGUUGGUGAUACAGUGGGCCACAGUACAAAUGACAAAAGGCAUGCCGUCAGUUCAGCAAACGAGGAAGAGUUUGAAUUAGAAGAAAGAGACGCUGAAGCGGGACAAUUUGAAAAAGCUGAUGGAAGUUCCCAAUGCCGGCUAAAAGAAUGGGAAACCGUAGAAGAAGUAGCUGACAGCAUUGAUGAAGGAACAGUGAAUGAAGUUCAGGAUGUACUAGAUGAGAAAGGUAGGGAAAAAGAAGCUAGUACAAACAACCAAACUAGCUCAGACCCCAUCCAAGUAUCGGGGGAUGAGCUAUGGGUUGAGCAAGCUACACAAACAAAAGGAAAUAUGGGCCAUAAACAGAAUGUUGUAAAGGGCUUGGUAGAGAGGCAAUGGGCUUGCAACAAAAUGGGAACAAUAGAACGGAGGGGGCCCAUUCCACUAAACAAAAACGCAAAAAAGAAAGGGAGCAUAAUAAAUAUGAAAGCUUUGGAAGAUGUCCGAAGAUCCCAUAGCAGCUCGUUGAGGGCAGAUAAGGGGAUCGAAGACAGCAACGAGAUGGAAGGGCCGAACAAAGUAGGAGAUUCUGCUCAGCGGGUGUGCAAAGAUGAAGGAAUGCAGCUGCAGAUCUCAAAGCAAGCACAGGAUGAGGGGAACUCUGCUCAAGUGGAGCGCUGGGAGCACAAACAUGAAGAAGGGCAGUUACAGAUCCCGAAGCAGAAGGGAUUGAAGGGGGCAAAGGUAGGAUUUUUCAAAGAGUCAGAGGGGAACCUUGUCCAGAUUCUGGUCAACAAAAACAGAGAGAAGAGGACAAAGUCAUGCCGCUCGGUGUAUCUCAAAGCACAACUGUCAGGGGUGAUGAGCCGGAACAACAAGGGAAGAGAGAGAUCCAAGGAGAGCAAGCCAGGAACAGUGGGUUUUCCAGAAUUUUUGUCAAAUGGAAAGGAUGAGGUAGGUGUAAUUCAGGAUUUAGAGGAGAUGGAGAAAAGAGAUAGAAAAGAAAAAGAAGCGGAAGGCUCUAAGGGAGGGAGCAAGCAUAAGAAGGAAAGUAAGAUGGAAGGGAUAGAUAGAAGUACUUGUAGAAUGAUAUGGGGAUCAUAUGAUUUAGAAUGGGUUGCUAGGGAUGCAGAGGGUUUGUCUAGAGGAAUGCUGUGCAUUUGGAAUUCUAAAAAAUUUAAAAUGGGUAGAGUCUUGGAGGGGACAGACUUCAUAGGAGUUGAAGGUGUCUGGGGUGUUGAACAGUUUCCAGCUAGUAUUAUUAAUGUCUACUCCCCAUGUCAACUGGGGAAAAAGAGAAUUCUAUGGGAGGAGUUAAAAGCUCUAGUAGUAGGGAGAGGUGGAAAUUGGUGUAUUAUGGGAGAUUUCAAUGCUGUAAGGAAAGUGGGGGAAAGAGGAGGGAGUAGAGAAACAUUAGCGGAAAUGAGGGAGUUUGAUAGCUUCAUCAGAGAUGUGGAAUUUGUUGAUUUACCAUUAGUAGGGAGAAAAUUCACAUGGUGGGGACUUAAUAGGAUAGUAUUCGACCAUUGUCCAAUUUUGCUAAAACAACAAGAAGUUGAUUGGGGGCCUAAACCAUUCAAAUUCUUUGAUACAUGGCUGGAGCAAGAAGGUUGCAGAGAGCUGAUAAAAGAAACUUGGAGUAAGGUAGAUAUUCAAGGCUGGGCGGGAUACAGAAUAAAAGAAAAGCUGAAGAUGACUAAGGAGGCCCUAAGAAAAUGGAGCAAGGAAUUUGUUCCUGAGACUGAUCGCAAAAUAAACAAUGCCACUACAGAAAUCGCCCAAAUUGAUUUGAAAGGAGAAGCGGAGAUCAAAGAAGCUAUAAGGGACUGUGACAGCUCAAAAGCACCAGGUCCAGACGGUUUCAACUUCAAGUUUGUAAAAGAUCAGUGGGAGGUUGAUAAUCCCCAAAAGAUUGAGGAGUAUAGAUCUAUAUCCCUCAUUGGAGUGGUGUAUAAAAUUCUUGCAAAGAUAUUAGCCAACCGCCUCAAAAAGGUUCUGGAUACGGUAAUUGGCGAGCAGCAGAUGGCAUUCUUAAGGGGAAGGCAGCUAAUGGAUGGAGUAGUAAUUGCAAAUGAGGUGGUAGAGGAAGCAAAAAAGAAGAAGACAAAGGCCUUCUUGUUCAAGAUAGACUUUGAAAAGGCCUACGAUAAGGUGUGCUGGGAUUUCCUGGAUUAUAUGAUGCAGAGGAUGGGUUUUAGUGCAAAAUGGAGGAAUUUGAUACAAGAGUGUUUAAGAACUACUCUGGUUUCAGUCUUGGUUAAUGGAAGCCCAACAAGUCAAUUCUCAGUAUCUCGAGGUUUAAGGAAGAUUGCCUUCUGGAAAUCGUUGAUAGAUGUUUUCAGUAGUAAAUUAUCCAAAUGGAAGGGUCGGUUUCUCUUUCUCGAAGGUCGCAUUACUCUUAUUAACUCAGUGCUCGAUAGUCUCCCGGUCUUCUGGAUGUUGGUAUACUUGAUACCCAAAGGUACGAUUUUGCUCCUUGAUCAAAUUCGUAGACGGUUUUUAUGGGGUGGGACUGAAGGGGGUAAGAAGAUCAAUUGGGUUAAAUGGGAAGUGGUGUGUAAGGAUAAGAAGAAAGGUGGUCUGGGAGUAAAAGACCUUAGGAAGUUCAAUAUGGCUCUCUUAGGAAAAUGGUGGGGGAGAUUAGUGUCGGAGGAAAGAGGGCUAUGGAAAAAAAUCAUUUUUGAAAAAUAUGGGAAGGUGGGGGAACCUAGCUAUUACUGGUUGAGAGAGGAGAGCAACAGUGGAACAAAAUGGUGGAGGGACAUCUGUAGCAUAAAUACAAUAGCAGGGGAAAAUAGGGGAUGGGUAGCUGAUGGCUUUAGAUUAAAAGUAGGUGAAGGGGGAAGGAUAACAAAAUUCCUCAAAUGGGAGAAUGGCUUAAUGGUAAAUGGGAAUGGAACCUUCAAUGGAGACGAAACCUUAUCAGUUGGGAAACUCAACAAGUAGGAGAUCUACAAAAGGACAUACAAGACACAAGACUCAUAAGAGGCAAUCCAGACCUUUUGGAAU